CAGAGUGCUCUGGGUCACCACCCCUCGAAGAUGGGCUGCCCAGGACAGAAUAGCCAAGGCUCAGAAUGUGCUUGCUACACGUUCUCCUCUAGAGGCAGCAGUAUACUCGGUCCUUCCCAAUUCAGGAGAGAUCAUAGUGCCCUUUGCAACUGUAUGUAACCACCUUUUCAAGCUGUAUAAGCAAUAUGGUCAUUGUAUGGGCUUCAAAUAGUUGCUAUACUUGAUAUUACCUUCCAACAGUCACCCCCCAAGAAACUGGGAUGUGAGCACUGCUGUGUUGGCUUUGCUGCACUCUGGCCUGUUGAAAGAAGAGAAGAGCGAGACUGAGACAGACUGCACAUCCCAGAGAGACCCAUAUUUGGACAUCUGCCCUCCUAUGGAUUCUAUAAUUCUCACACAGCAGCUUCAGUUUUAGGAGAAAAAAAAAUGAAAAGCCCAGGAAGGAGUAAUCACUCUGACCCUGUGAGUGUAUUCAUUCUUCUUGGAUUUCCUUGUACCUGGGAGACUCAGAUCUUCCUCUUCUCACUCUUCUCUGUGACCUAUGUCCUGACACUCAUCGGAAACCUCUGCAUUAUCUGUUCAGUGUGGUGGGACCGCUGUCUGCACACACCCAUGUAUGUCCUGCUGGCCAAUUUUUCCUUCCUGGAGAUCUGGUAUGUCACUUCUACUGUCCCCAACAUGCUAGCCAACUUUCUCUCGGAGACCAGCACUAUCUCCUUCUCUGGCUGCUUCCUCCAGUUCUAUUUCUUCUUCUCCAUGGGCACCACUGAGACCUUCCUCCUGUCUGCCAUGGCCUUCGACAGGUACCUUGCUAUCUGCAGGCCCCUGCACUACCCCACUGUCAUGACAGUAGAACGCUGCAUCCGAACUGGAGCCUGCUGCUGGGUGUGUGGCUUCUCCUGCUUUCUCCUCCCAGUUUAUCUCAUCUCCCAGCUUCCUUUUUGUGGCCCCAAUACUAUUGAUCAUUUUUUAUGUGACCCAGGACCCCUUAUAAAGUUGUCCUGUGUGCCAGCUCCUGCCAUUGAGAUCACCUGUGGCAUCUUAAACUCGGUCCUCAUUUUCGCCACCUUUUUCUUCAUUACUGGCUCCUACACCCUGGUGAUCAGAGCUGUGCUGAAGGUCCCCACAGCAGAAGGCCGGCAUAAAGCCUUCUCUACCUGUGGCUCCCACAUGGCCGUAGUGUCCCUGUUCUAUGGUUCUAUCAUGGUGAUGUAUGUGAGCCCAACAGCAGACAAUCUAGCAGGGGUUCAUAAAAUUGUGACUUUAUUUUAUUCUGUGUUAACUCCACUUUUUAAUCCCUUGAUCUACAGCCUCCGGAAUAAGGAGAUGAAUAAGGCCCUGAGAAAACUGCUGACUAGUGUGAGAUUUGGUCAAAGGCAGCCUCUCAAGAACUAGAAUCCCUAUGUGUAUAGGACACACAGGAGGUUUCUGGUCUUGAGUAAAUCUGAGAGGCAAAUAUUGCCUUUAUUUCCUGGAAUAUAUUUAGGGAUGCAUUUCAAUGAAGCAAAUAACAACAAUAUCUUAGCAGGACUUGCACAAAUUAUUUACUUGUACUAGGCUUUAUUGUAUUAACAUUCAUGUGUGUAUGGCAUGGAAACAGGAAAAUGUCAUACAUUCUCAGGCAUUUUUGAAGAAAAAAAACACACACAAUCCAGAGGUCAACUGGUGAGUUUCUGUCCUUUGAAGGUUUAGGUGAAGGUGUCUCCAGCCCUCAUUCCAUAGGGAUUAAAUGUCUAGACUUCCCAUCACUACCUGCCCAGACACACACACACACACACACACACACACACACACACACAGGCAUGCGUACACACACACCUUUCAAACAUGUGCAUGUGUUGUUCUCCCGCUCCUGAAUCUCCCUGCUCCCUUGUUUGGAUCACAUCAGUCUGGAUGUGAGACUCAUCCCCUUCAACAUUUUAUAUAAAACCAACCUCAUUCCAGCUUUGUGUGGGUUUGACUUUAAAACAGGUUGGGGGUAGGGGAAGUCAGAGGAAGAGCCACCAUGCUGAACACCUAGCCGAUCUCUCUCAUCAUACCUGGUGCUGCCUUUUCUACCUUCCUCAUCUUCUUACCCCCCACAAGAAUAGCUAGAAUAUCUUGCCCUUUCUUAUUCAGAAUAAUUUUAUUUAUACACAGACCCUUUGGGGUUUGUGAUUCUUCCUCAAAUAGACUUGUCCAAAAAAAAGUUCUUCUCAGCAAACCUAACUUUUGUACAAGAUCUUCUGAGAAUAGUUUUCUCCAACUGGUUGUAUUUUAGGUUCUUAUAACUUGAUGUAUUCCUUCUUUAUCUUAAUACUACCACUUAAUACAAAACAAUAAAUUUACUGGAACAGAAUAGAGGUGAGACCUGGAAACAAGAUUACCUGAAAAAACUUAAUGAAACAAUAUUUAUAUAUUAUGCACUUUUUCAUUUUUAAAGUGCUUUUCUCGCUGUAUGUGUUAGAAUGAACACUAACCAUGCAGAGAAGAUAGUGUUUGUGAGUUUGAGGAUAGAAAUAAGAGAGGAUGGUCAAAGUCUGAGAGGAGGUAUAUUACUCUCCAAUUAAUUCUCCAAGUGGCCUGUAGUCAUCAUAUUUCAUCUUGAUAAAUAAGUUCUACACUCAGAUGGCACAGAUUAAUUUACUGGUAAAAUUCUACCUAGUUCCUUAAGAGCACAAAAGACCAAACUCACCAGUCUAUCAUCAUUUCAGCUAUGCAAAGGAGGUGAAAGUCAGGCUCUGUGUUGGGGUGCUAGCAUGACUUACGUUAAAGCUGGGGUGCAGGGCCAAAGCUAGUCUAUGAGCCCUUUACAUAAAUCACAAAAGUCACAAAGCAGGCCCUCAGCUGCAGGUCUUAUUCAGAAGUGCCUUUAUGCAGCCCUUCAUCAGGAAGGACCCAAACACAUCAGGGUGCACAUUUCUGUUCCCAGGGCACAGGUUAGAUGACAGUCACCACUCCUUCUACUGGACAGGUUCCUUCAUGCCAGGAACAACUUGUAAAGCCUUAUAUAAUAUCCCUUGGUAGAUAGGGGAAGGAAGAAGUAAGCCAUGUGUAGCCUUCCCCACAUUCUUUCUUAGAGGUACUGACUGAAAGGGAAAGGCAAAUAUUUAGUCUUCCAACACUCCUAAAGAAAGAAGGAGAAGAAGGUGGAGAUCAAACAUAGCACACCAAUUCUCAUCACUCAUCUCUUGAAUUGAAACAGAAAUUUUCUAUCACCCCAGUGCUUAUUUUUCUGCCUCAUUUUUAAACCCAAAGAUGAGUAAAUAUUGGGUGUGAAUUCUCAUAAAAAAUAAUUUCAAACAGUGAUUAAAAUCAAUAAGAAAUUUUAAAAUGGUGGCCAAAUGCCAAGUAAAUAUACAGAAGAUAAUAAUCAGAAAGAAAAUAUAAUGGAAGGAAAAGUCCAUUUAUAAUAACAAUGAAAUGUAAUACACCCCUAAAAAUUCACUAAAGAGGAGUGAAGUAUAUGAGAAGAAAAUUGCAAGUACCUUGAAACAGUAGAAAGAUAUGAAUAAAUGGAGAUAUCCACCCUGUUUCUGAAUGUAAUGGGUAAAGGUUGUAAAUUUGUCAUUUACAACCUUUAUUUAUCUCAAAUAAAUUUAUAAAUUUAAUGAAAAAUAAAAUAAUAAUAUCAAAAUUACACCUAUCCAAAUGUUCAGUAAUUGGAGAGUAAUUAAGGGAAUUAUCAUACAUCCAAAUGAUAAAACAUCAUACAGAUAUUGAAAAUCAUGUUUUGAAACAUUUUUGGUGAGUUGAAAAAAUGCUAACAAUAUAAUCUUUUUAAUUUUUAUUUUUCCAAAAUAAAAACCUAAACAAUUGUUUCCAAACUUAUUUUGUAAUUAAGAACCUACAGGAAGUGGUGGGGGGAAAAGGCAGACAAAUGUACUUGAACAACAACAAAAUAAAAUGAAUAAAAAAUAAAAAGAAAAUACAGGGAGAAAUAUAUUAAAAUUUUAGUUGCAAUUUUUAGUAAAAUUGUGGGUAAUUGUGUUUUGCUUCUUGUUGUGUAUUACAAACUUAUUGUGGUAAUUUUAUUUUUUUCUUAUCAAAAUAAAAAAAUGUUAACUCAAAAAUCUCAA